AUGUUCAGCUCCCAAAGACAGGAGCUGCAGAUGUACAAAAAAGCAAAUCCUUGCAACGAAGCGACUCGUUUCUGGCCAAUCCUCAGAUGUAAUUUUCCCCAGGAUGAAAUCGAGGAGGAGAAGGAGGGAGAGGAGAAGGAUGACGACGGAGAGCGAUCUGAGAUGGCAGAGGAAAGGGGAGGAGGCAGCUUAAAUGGCAGCAGCCUUCGCUUGGAAGCGCUGCUGGGAAGACAGCAACCUGUGGAAGUGAGUAAAUGCGAGUCCGGUGGGCUGGAGCACCUGCUGCAGCGCGCCAGGUCUGGAUGCAGGAUCGAUCUGCCCGACUUGAUCGAAGCUCACGAUGCUCUCAUGGCGGAGAAUCUCGAGCUGCGCAAGGAGAAUGAGGCGCUGCGCUCUCGAGCCUCGAAUUCUCCGAAGAAGCUGCGUUCGGAGUUUGCAUCGCCUAAGUCGUGCACACAGGCAUCACCUUCGAGGUUUAGCAGGGCGGCCUCGGAGGAGAAGUCGGAGAAGUCAGAGUCACUGCAAAUAGAGGUGAUUGAUGCAGAGUCCGAAGUGCCACAGGAAGAGACGCCAUCCACAAAGUCCCAGACGCGUUCGAGCUGGAGAGCUCAGGCGACACCCAAGAGCCCCAGCAUCAUGAACGCAGCUGCUGCCGCCUUUGCAGCGGCCAUUAGUCCAAUGAGGCAACCAAGGUCACCUAAAGCCGAGAAAGCCGAGCCAACGCUUCCGGAAGCUGCCCCCGCGCCCGCGAUAUCUGUGCAGGACGCGCCCAAAGCCGCGAAUCAGCUCUCACCUGCUUCCUGUACAGCCCGUCCCAGUGGGACUUACCUGCGCCUGCCGGUCCCGUCUGUCAUGGAGAGAAGUCGGGAGAUGCAGGCAAGAAGCCCCGGCACCAGAUCAGGUGGCUCUCGUUCGCCCUGGCGCAAUGCCAUGCGACCUGUACAAGGCAGAGCAUGGUCAGAUGCGGAGGAUGCCCACAUGUCGGCACAGCGCGUGCCCUUCGAAUUCAUGGGUGCUGCGCGGCCCACUGACCCUUCUGCAUGGCCUCAGGUUGAGUAG